AUGAUAUCUAAUAUUUGCAUCUCAGAAAAUCCUAUGGAAGAUGGACUCUUUAGUCUGCAAAUAAAAACGCAUGAUACUCCGGAAACUAGAAAUUAUGAACAAUCUAUGAAAUUGGACAAAAAUGUAGAAAAUGAAGUGCAUAUUGUAGAAUCUGAAUUUAAAAUUCCUUCUUUUAAUUCAAAAUAUUUUUUUGAUAGAUCGCAGGAUUUUCUCAAUAAUUCACUUUUAGAAUUACCCGUUUUAGAGGUUAGUAAUAAUGAAGAAAAAGAAAAUGUAAAUACUUUUACUGAGAGGAACAAGAAAAAAAAUAUAGAAGAGCAGGUAAAAAAUCAGAUAGAUUUCAAAAAAAAAAUUUACGAGAUAGAUUGCCAUAGUGGCCAAUCAAAUGAAAUGAGACUAAAUAGUAAAAUAAUUAAAAAAAAUAUUAAUUAUCAAAAAGAAAAUAGAGAAAUUCAUGAAAAAGAAUAUGUAAAAACAGAAAAUUUUUUGGAUAACUUUUUCCUUGAUUUAUCCCAAAAUAAUUGUGAUUUAAAUAAUGCUACCGUUGAAGAAGAAAAUUUGGAAUCUCCUAUGUGCAUACAAGUCAAACAAAAUGUAAUAUCCUAUGAUCUUCAAUAUCAUAGCCUUAAUCCAAUAGAAAAUUCAGAAAAAUAUGAUGAUGACAUGCAAAGUGUAAGUAAUAUAUUGAAAAGAAAAGAUCAAACACUUGUUGGAAAAAUACCAGAGAAAGAGAAAUUUUCUAAAAAAGAUUGUAAUGAAGAAAGCGAUAGCAGUCAAAAUAUGAAAUUUUCAAAUUAUACCUUCUACAAACAAGGAGCAUGUGAUUAUGAAGAGAACAAUCUUAAAUCUUUUGCAAAAAUAAUUGCUGAGGAUAUUUUUAAAUUGGAGUUAGACUAUGUUUCAUAUGAUAUAUUUAUAAAUUUACCCAUAAUAUUAGAUUCUUUAAAAAGUAAUUAUAAUAGCAUUUUAAAAGAAUAUAAUGAAGGUGCACAAUCAUUAAUUUUACUUAUAGAUGAAGAAUUGAAAAACAAUGGAUUGGAUAUUUUACAGGAAAUAGAAAAUCUUUGUAACAAUAUCCUUAAAAAUUCAAAUAAAUCAUUAUUAGAUACUUACUAUAAUAUUUUAUUAUUUAAAAGUAAUGCAAAUGUCAUACUUAAUAAAAAAUUGGAAAUAGUUACUAGUAUAAAGAAAUCUUCAGUACUUUGGAAAAAGUUAUUAGAACAACUUGAUAUUGUUGCGGGCAUAACUAGAAUUUUAUCAAGAAUUACAAACAAUUUCACAUACACAGACAUUCUUAAUAAUAAUUUAAUUUAUUCAGAUGAAGGUUUAAAUUUGUUUCAAAAACUGUUUAAUCAUAUGAAUGAAUUCAUAAGGAGCCUUAUUGAAUCAGUUAGAAAUGGAUUUUUAUUAAAUAAUAACUCUAAAAUAGAAAAUGUUAAAAACUCUUUAUUUAUUAUUAAUAACAGAAUACGUAAGGUUCUAGGUAAAUACUCAGAUAAAUGUUUAUACCUUUUUAAAAUGAUGAAAUUGUCAAAAGCAGAUAAUAUUGCAUUAAUAGAUUACAUUUUUUAUAAAAUAAAUGAAGAAAAUGAGAAACCCAAGAAAUAUAUAGAAGGUAUUAUGGGUAAAUAUAACUAUAAAAAUACUACAAAAAUAGUUCAUAAUUUUUUUUUAAAGGAGGAAAAACGAAUUUCAGAUUAUAAGAAUUAUGCUUUUACAUUUUACAAUUUAAGUGUUAGUGGGGAAAUUUUUGGUAAUAAGUGUUUACAGGACAUAAUAAAUGACUCCAAUGCAUCUGAAAUGUUACAAUUUAUAUAUAAUAAUAUGAGGAAAUUCAUAGGAUUAUCAACCAUAAGCAAACAGGUAAAAGAGAUUAAAAAUAUAUUUUGUAGAUUAAAAGAAAUGGAAUUCUUCCUCAAUAAUAAGGUUAUACUUCAAACAGAACAAAUACUUGAGGACACAUCUCAAUUAAAUUUAUCUUCAAAUAUAGAAAUACAAAAAGAUAUAUUUAAAGAAAUUAAAUUAGGUAUCGAAUCUUUUUUUUCUCUUAAAACUUUGCAAACAAGUAUAUUAGAAGUUAAUGAAAUUAUAUUAGGGGGGAAAAGUGAAUUAGAGACAAUUGUAUCUAGUUUUAAUACGGUUGAGCUUAUAUUUUGGGAUGAUGAAUAUAAUGUGAAAUAUCCCAAUGGGAAAAAAAAAGUUGAAGAUUGUAAUAUUUUGUUCUCACUAUUUUAUAUUAAAAAUUUUAUGGAAUUACAUAAUAUAAAAGAGAUUUCUUAA